CUCAGUGGAUGCGACCGCCAGAGCUGUCCCGCCCACCUCCCCCUGUCCUGCUUAGUGUGGUUUGGACCGCGAAUAAAAUGCUCGCGGGCCUAGGGCUUGCUUGGCUCUGAGAUCUCUGUGCUUUGUGUCCUGUAGUGCGCGUGUCCGGCUCUUGCCCACGCAGUCAUGGCCUCAGGCAACGCGCAGAUCGGAAAGCCGGCCCCUGACUUCACGGCCACCGCCGUGGUGGAUGGCGCCUUCAAGGAAGUCAAGCUUUCGGACUACAGAGGGAAAUACGUGGUCCUCUUUUUCUACCCGCUGGACUUCACGUUCGUAUGCCCCACGGAGAUCAUCGCUUUUAGCAACCACGCUGAGGACUUCCAAAAGCUGGACUGCGAGGUGCUCGGAGUGUCUGUGGAUUCUCAGUUCACCCACCUGGCAUGGAUCAACACUCCACGGAAGGAGGGAGGCUUGGGCCCCCUGAACAUCCCUCUGCUUGCUGAUGUGACUAGAAGCUUGUCUGAAAAUUAUGGAGUGUUGAAAACUGAUGAGGGCAUUGCCUACAGGGGCCUCUUUAUCAUCGAUGCCAAGGGUAUCCUUCGUCAGAUCACAGUCAAUGACCUACCGGUGGGACGCUCUGUGGAUGAGGCUCUUCGCCUAGUCCAGGCUUUUCAGUAUACAGAUGAACACGGGGAAGUCUGUCCUGCUGGCUGGAAGCCCGGCAGUGACACCAUCAAGCCCAAUGUGGAUGACAGCAAGGAAUACUUCUCCAAACACAACUAAGAUGGCUAAACAUCAGUGAGCCUGAAUUCUUGGAUCCUCCUCCUACCUGGAUGUCCUGUGCUGGUCCAAAAAAGACUAGAUCUUCCUCCAUGUUCUGUGGAGGGGCUGGAGGUGGGCCAAGGCUUUCUCAUUCCCCACCUGAAAUCUGGUGAAUAGUGACCCCCUGCCCUGAACCCACCCAGGUGGGCACAGGUCUAUAGAAGGAAAUCAAUAAAGUAUUAGGGACAGAGGAA